AGUCUAUUUUCUGACAAACAAUGGUGAAAAAGCGCUUGGAUGAACGUGUCAGGACUCUGCUGGAACGAGGAGUGAUCCAUGGACAACGUUCCAUGAUGGUAUUGGUGGGAGAUCAUGGCAAAGAUCAAGUUCCCAAUCUGCAUCAAAUUCUCAGCAAGACCACCUUGCAGUCGCGACCCAAAGUGUUAUGGUGCUACAAAAAAGACCUUGGAUUCUCCACCCAUCGACAAAAGCGCAUGAAGAAAUUAAAGCGCGACAAAGCUCGUGGAUUGCUCAAAUCGACCGAUGGAACUUCGGAUACCGCCGAUAACUUUGAACUCUUUGUCACGUCCGCCGAUAUUAAUUGGUGUUAUUACAAAGAUACCCAUCGCGUGCUGGGAAAUACAUUUGGUGUAUUGGUAUUGCAGGAUUUUGAAGCACUGACACCCAAUAUCAUGGCACGAACCAUUGAAACUGUUCAGGGAGGAGGAUUGGUCAUUUUUUUACUAAGAAGUGUCAAAUCACUCAAACAACUCUACACCAUGACCAUGGAUGUUCAUGCCCGGUACCGCACAGAAGCAGCAUCCGAUGUUGUUCCAAGAUUCAACGAACGAUUCAUACUGUCGUUGGGCAAAUGCCACAAUUGUCUUGUUUUGGACGAUGAACUCAACAUUCUACCACUCUCCAAAAAGGCACUCUCCAAGUUAGGACAAGAAUCGUAUCGGCGAGGAGAUGCCGGAGAAGUCAUUGUCCCGCCUACGGAAGAAAAUCAGGAAUUAAAAGAGUUGCAAGACUCGUUGGUGGAAACACCCCAUGUCGGUGUAUUGGUGGAGUUGACCAAAACGCUCGAUCAAGCCAAGGCACUGCUCGUAUUCAUGGAUGCUUGUGCCGAAAAGACCAACAAGUCCACCGUUGCCAUGACGGCGGCUCGUGGUCGUGGAAAGUCAGCGGCCAUGGGACUGUGUUUGGCGGGAGCCGUUUCAUUGGGAUACUCCAAUAUUGUUGUCACAGCUCCAGAACCGGAAAACUUGGUGAGCGUCUUUGACUUUUGCGUGCGAGGCUUGAAAGCCCUCAAAUACACGGAACACUUGGACUAUACAAUAACCUACAACUCAACUUCGGGGAGAGAAGCAAUCAAAGCCAUUGUGUCGAUUCAGCUUCAUCGUACUCACCGACAGACCAUUACUUACAUUCCACCGGGGGAGACUGACAAGUUCAACUCGGCAGAGAUUGUGGCCAUUGAUGAAGCCGCCGCCAUUCCUCUUCCAUUGGUGAGUGCACUCAUGAACCAGCCGGAUCGGUUGACAUUCAUGAGCUCCACAAUCAAUGGAUAUGAAGGCACUGGAAGGGCUCUCAGUCUGAAACUGAUCAAGGAACUGAGGGAGAGAAAAGGAGGACGUCAAGCAGCACUACAAACUGCCAAGGCCGCCGCCGCAAGUGUUACAGGGGCUACCUCCAACAAGGGCGAGUUCAAAGUACACGAACAGAGAUGGGCGGCAGCAGCUGCAGCUCUCUCGAGUGAGGGUGCAGAUACGUUGGAAGGUCCCUUGAGAGAAGUCGAACUCAUUACGCCGAUCCGAUAUGCGGCCAAAGAUCCUAUUGAAUCAUGGUUGAAUAAGCUCUUGUGUCUGGAUUGUGGCGCUGGUUCCCUCAUGAAGCUCAGUGGUGGAGCGCCGGCACCGAGUACUUGCGAGCUUUACAGUGUGGACCGGGAUGCGUUGUUCUCGUAUCACAAAUUGUCCGAAUCUUUUCUGCAAAAGCUAAUGGGACUUUACACGAGUGCUCAUUACAAGAAUACUCCCAAUGACUUGCAGAUGCUCUCGGAUGCUCCAGCCCAUUCGGCUUUUGUACUCUUGUCCCCGUCGGCAGAGAAAGAUUCGAAUUCGCUUCCAGACAUUCUUGCUGUGGUCCAGGUCGCCUUGGAGGGCCAGAUUUCUCGCAAGGCUGUGGAAGCUCAGCUUGCCAGAGGCCAUCGUGCCGCUGGCGACCUCAUUCCUUGGACGAUAGCACAACAAUUCGGAGAUUCCAAAUUUGCCCAACUGAGCGGUGCCAGGAUUGUUCGUAUUGCAGUGCACCCAUCGGUGCAAGGAAUGGGCUACGGUUCUCGAGCAGUCGAACUGUUGUUUCGUUUCUACAAUGGCGAAAUGGUCUCAUUGGCAAACCGGGGCGACGAUGAGGGAAACUCGUCCGACGAGGAAGAAGAAAACGAGACUGAGGCAGAAAGCAUCGACGAGGAUUUGCCUGAGAGCAAAGGUAGCGGAAUCAAGGGAGAAAAACUGGCUCCCAAAAAGAAUCUGCCUCCGUUGUUGCUGCCUCUCACAGAGGUGGCGGCUCCACGUCUCGAUUGGAUAGGGACUUCGUUCGGUUUGACUCUGCAGCUGCACAAGUUCUGGAGUCGCACCCGAAUGCAACUUCUGUACCUUCGUCAAACAAAGAAUGAACUGACUGGAGAGAACUCUGCCAUUAUGCUUCGGUCCCUGCCCAAUCGCACAGGCGUAGACAAUGCCUGGCUACCAGCGUUCGUCGCGGAUACAAGGAAGCGUUUCAUUUCUUUGCUCGCAGGACCUUUUCGCGAUUUGGAAAUUCGCCUGUCCAUCUCCGUCCUGGACAAUAUGCAUGGUGCCUCUGAUUCCGACCGGUCGAAAAAUUCAAUGAGCAAGAUUGGCGCUGACGAGCUCGACUACUACCUAACGCCGCAUGACAUGAAAAGGUUGGAACAGUACGGUCGGAAUCUUUGCGACCACCAUCUUGUCACGGACUUGAUCCCAAUCGUGGCUCGACUCUACUUCACAGGUCGGUUCGGAGAGGAGUUCAAUGUUUCAAGUGUUCAAUCAGCUCUGCUUUGUGGGAUUGGAUUGCAAAGCAGAACCAUUGAGGGCCUGAGGGCUGAGUUAGGACUUCCAUCUAACCAGGUAUUGGCUAUGUUCAAUAAAGCAAUUCGCAAACUGUCGAUAGCAUUGAAUGCAAUCGUUGAAGAGCGAGAAAAGGAAAGUUUGCUCGGGGGUGAAAAGCGAAAGAAGGCAGAAGCGAGAGCUGAGAAAAUGAAAAACGUUGAUCGACAAACAUUGGCAGAUGAUGUCGAGGAAGCCGCACAAGAAGCGAUGGAGUCCAUGAAAAACCAGGAAUCGUCUCUGCCGCCAGAGAUUGCACAGGACAAGUCCCUGAUGCAGUAUGCCGUGAAGGGUUCUGACGAUCAAUGGAAGAAAGCUCUCGGCGGGAAGAGCUUGGAUGGCCCUGCAACAGUCCAAAUCCAAACCAUCAGGGAGAAGCGCAAGCUUGGUGAAGAUGAUGUUGAGAAAGAGAUAGAGCAGGAAGAGAAUUUGUACAAGAAGAGUAAGAAGGGAAAGAAGUCCAAGAAAGGUUCGAAAAAGGGCCGAGGCUAGACUAGAAGGUAAUUGUUGUAACGCUUCUUCUAUCUAUUUU